AUGUCUCCAACCCGAAACGAGCCCAUUGCCAUUGUUGGGAGCGGGUGUCGCUUCCCAGGCGGCUCAACGUCAACUUCCAAACUCUGGGACCUGCUGCACAAUCCAAGAGAUGUUUCUCAGGAAAUUGGAACAGGGGGAUUUAACCUUGAUCGAUUUUAUCACAAAGACGGCAAUCACCAUGGUACCACCAAUACACGACGAGGAUAUUUGCUGUCUGACGACAUCCACAAUUUCGAUGCGAAGUUCUUCGGUAUUUCUCCUGGGGAAGCUGAGGCUAUUGACCCCCAGCAGCGCCUUCUGUUAGAGGUCGUUUAUGAAGCAGUCGAGUCGGCCGGAAUCACCAUUCAGAAUCUCUCAGGUUCGGACACUGCAGUCUAUGUGGGCCUGAUGUGCCAAGAUUUCUUCACAAUUCAGGCGCAGGAUAAUAACUAUACUCCGACCUAUGGCGCAACUGGCUCCGCUCCUAGCAAUGCAUCUAGUCGCAUUUCUUACUUUUUCGACUGGCACGGCCCAUCUAUGACUAUUGAUACAGCUUGCUCCUCAAGCAUGGUCGCCGUACAUGAAGCGAUCCAGUCUCUUCGAAACGGCAGCAGUCGGGUUGCUGUAGCUUGUGGAACAAAUUUGAUGUUGUCCCCCUUUAUGUAUGUUGCGCUAAGCAAGCUCAACAUGUUGUCGCCGACAGGCCGAUGCCAAAUGUGGGAUGCAAAUGCAGACGGCUACGCAAGCGGCGAGGGUGUCGCUAGCGUUGUUUUGAAAACGCUCAGCGCAGCUAUCGAGGAUGGGGAUAACAUUGCAUGCAUUAUCCGAGAAAUUGGCUUGAAUCACGACGGAAGAACGAAGGGCAUAACCAUGCCCAGCGCCUCAGCACAGGCUGCCCUUAUACGAAGCACAUACGCCAGGGCCGGGCUAGAUCCGACCACGAAAUCCGGCCGUUGCCAGUUCUUCGAGGCCCACGGCACUGGGACUCCAGCAGGCGAUCCACAGGAGGCUGAGGGGAUCAAUAGAGCCUUCUUCCCAGAGUCUGACGCGACUGACGCGAUUGAUAAUGAGUUACUUGUUGGCUCUAUCAAGACCAUUGUCGGGCAUACUGAGGGCUGUGCUGGACUCGCAGGCAUUUUAAAGGCUUGCUUAUCUAUUCAACACUCAACAAAUCUUCCUAAUCUUCUUUUCAACCGCUUGAAUCCCAAGCUCGAGCCAUUUACAAGCCAUCUUCGGAUCCCUACAGUAUGUGAGCCUUGGCCCGAGCUGCCUGAAGGCGCGCCACGAAGAGCCAGUGUGAAUAGUUUUGGAUUCGGAGGCGCGAAUGCGCACUGUAUCCUGGAAAGCUAUACGCCGACAUCAUCGCUUGCAAAGCCUAUAACCAAUGGAUUUAAUCAACCCGACCCGUUGUUGAAUCCCUUUGUAUUCUCAGCCGCCUCAUUAAAGUCGCUGAUUGCGCUACUGAAGUCCACUUCAGACUUUCUGGACAACAAUGCUGGGGUCGACAUGUCCAGUCUUGCAUACACCCUGAGCACGAAACGCAGUGCGCUAUCUCGUAGAAUUGCAAUGUAUGCCGCUUCAGUCGAGCAACUUCGGGACGAAAUCAAGGAUAGACUCGACACCACAGCCGCCGAAGUGACAUCUACCCAUUCAGUAGUAGCCCUGUCGGCAGCGCCGUCAAUACUAGGCAUUUUCACUGGUCAAGGUGCUCAAUGGCCAACAAUGGGAGCAAAACUGGUUGCUUCGAGUUCAAUGGCGCGUGCCAUCAUGCGUAGCCUCGACCAAUCUCUCGCAAGCCUGCCGGCCUGCCACCGCCCAAGUUGGACUCUCAUGGACGAGCUUUCCGCCGACAAAAGACGACGUCACGUGUCGGCGAGGCGGCAUUAUCACAACCUCUGUACGGCUGUUCAGAUUAUCCUCGUUGACCUUCUUCGGGCUGCGGGCGUGAAGUUCCGAGCCGUUGUUGGCCACUCUUCGGGCGACAUAGCGGCCGCCUAUGCAGCUGGCUUCCUGGGUGCUUCAGACGCUAUACGCAUCGCGUAUUAUAGGGGCUAUUUCGCCAAACUUGCUGCUGGUCCAACAAGCGAGAAAGGAGACGCACCGCAAUGGUUCUCCAGCGUUUAUAACGCCAAAAUCGAGCCCGAAACAGAAAGCCUAGGCGGGCAGUAUUGGGUUGACAAUAUGGUGCAACCUGUACUUUUAUACCCUGCCAUCAAGACAUGUUUGACUUCGGUGGAAGAGACCAUCAAUUGUGCAGUGGAAGUUGGCCCCCAUCCUGCUCUCCAAGGACCAGCCAAAGAGUCAAUAAUCGAGGUCGUUGGACGAGAUAUCCCAUACUCGGGUACUCUGAAGCGGGGUGAUGACGAUAUGAAGGCAUUUUCUGAAGCCCUUGGAUUUGUAUGGACCCAUUUUGGUUCUGCCGGUAUUAACUUGGGUGCAUUCCAACAGAAAUGCCAGCCGCAUGCCGAAAUCAGGAUUAUCCAUGACCUGCCAUCAUACCCCUGGACAUACGACAUAAAUUCUUGGACAGAGUCGAGGACCGGAGAUGGGCUGACGGAAUCGUGGCGAUGGCGAAACGUUUUGAAUCCGAACGAAUUGAAAUGGCUCUCCGGACAUACUUUGCAAAGUCAGGUUGUGUUCCCUGGAACUGGUUAUAUUGGGCUUGCCAUGGAAGCGGCCAUGCAGAUAGCUCAAGGGAAGCCAGUCCAGUCUAUUGAUAUUUUCGACCUCGAAAUCCGCAGAGCGAUUGCCAUCCACGACACCGGUGGGACAGAACUGCUCGUGUCCUUUACCAAAGUGUCCCUUCUUGAGACUGCUUCGGACAAAAUCACCGCCGACUUCACUGUCUUCUCGACAACCGGCAAGAGUUCGAGUCAUCUGGCCCUAAACUGCUGCGGAAAUGUAUGCAUCACCUUGGGAAAUAACUGGAGUUCUCAUUUCCCAGCGAGAGUUCCACCGGUAACAAACAUGACCAAAGUAGAUGUGGAUCAAUUCUACCAGGUGAUGAGGGAUGAAUUUGGCUUUGGCUACGAAGGUCCGUUCAGAGGUCUGACAAACAUAUCGCGCAGAUUCGGGCAUUCGGUAGCGACAGUAAAAUGUCAUCCUUUUGAAGAAGGCGAUACGCCUCUUCUUUUUCACCCAGCAAUGCUCGACUCUGCUUUGCAAGGACUUCAAGCUGCUUUCAGCGCUCCCGGGGAUGGUCGACUUUGGUCUAUUGUCGCACCGACUUACUUUCGACGUGUCACCUUAAUCCCGGGUCUUUGCGGGGAAAACAUGACAGAAGAGGUGGCAAUAGACUGUACAAUGAAUGAUCCCGGUACUUUAGGUGGAGAUGUGGAUGUAUAUUCGGCCAACUUUGAACACAAGAUGAUCGAAAUGGAAGGCAUCAUACUUUCACCAUUUGCACCCGCCACGGUGGACGACGACAGACAUCUCUUUCAAGAGUCCUUUCUGUGCCUCGACAAGCCCGAUGCAGUUGCUGUCAAAGUAACGCAGACUGCAGAAGAGAAGCAAAAAUCUUCGGACGCGGAGCGUGCAGCCUUUUAUUAUCUCAAGAUUCUCCAUCUCUCCGUUAGCCCUGAGGAGCGUGAAAAGCUUCCAUGGUAUCGUCAAGCUCUGAUUCGAAGCGCCGAACGACGCUAUAACCAAGUGAAAGAGGGACAGCACAUAUUUGCCCCGCCAUCGUGGAUUAAUGAUACGAGAGAGGAGAUCUAUGAUAUGAUGGACAGAUAUGGAAACCAAGAUGCAGAUUUCAGGAUGACCAAGGCUGUUGGAGAGAACAUUCUCAAACCCGAUGUGUUAACAGGAGAGACCAAUAUUCUUGAGCACAUGCGGAAAGAUAUCGGCCUUGAGCAGUACUACACUGAGGGAAGUGGGUUCAAGUCGAUCAACGCCAUGGUUUCCGGAGUCGUUGCACAGCUUUGCAACAAAUUCCCUCACAUGAGCUUUCUCGAGAUUUGGGCAGGGACUGGUGGCGCUACCGGGGCUAUUCUAGAAAAAAUCGGCCAUUCAUUCUCGUCAUAUACAGCGCUUCCAAUCGCAAGCUAUAAGAUUGAAUUCAAGACUCUCGAUAUCACUAAGGACCCAGCCUCUCAAGACUUCAGUCCAAAUAGCUAUGACAUCGUCAUUGCUUCCAAUGUCUUGCACGCAACCGCUCCCUUGAAAGAAACCCUGAAACACACUCGAAAGCUUUUGAAACCAGGAGGCUUCCUUGUUUUGGUGGAGCUUAUCCGCAAUGACUCGAUGCGAGUUGGUCAGAUAAUGGGAGGUUUGCCAGGCUGGUGGUGUGGCGAGACAGAUGGACGACUCUGGAGCCCACUGCUCACUCUUGAGGGUUGGAACACACUUCUUCGAGAGACGGGCUUUGGUGGCAUCGAGACAAAUUCCCCCAUGCCGAUCCCCGGAGGACAACGGAGUAAUUAUUGUGGCGAAAGCACAGAAUGACCAAGUUCGCCGGUUGAGUAAACCCCUCAACUCAACACCAGACGUAGGACAAAGAAAAAGCUGUCUGGUGAUUUUAGGGGGCAAAAAGACUGUCACGUCGGAGUUCUGUGCGCAUUGUAUUAGU